AUGGAAGAUACUUCAACAACCGACGAUCUUCCUAAUGAAAAUGAAAGUGGUCAUAUAAGUGAUAUAGAACAACAAAACCCAACCCAAAUGCUGACAGAAGAAUUAAUAACUUUAGAUGAGGUUUCCAUUUUAACAGAGAAAGAUGUCAGGACGAAGUCAGAACAACUGGAGGCUAGUAUACCUAAAGUUGAACUAAGGAAGUUAUUUUCGUGUCGCAAAAUUUCAAACCAUACAGCUAUAUCCAUUCAUAAAGACGUAUUGAAGGAGCUUAAAGAUGGGAAAUAUAAGAUGGAAAUUGCUCCUUCUGACCUUGUUGACUUCGGUGGACAACGGUCAUUUGAUAUGACUCAUCAAUUAUUUAUUCAGCACAAAGGAACCUUCGUCCUAAUGUUUGAUGGAAGCAUAGGUUUAUACAAACCGCUGAAGGAAUACCCACAAGGCAUUUUCACAGCAGCAUCAAUCCUUACUCAUUGGGUCAAUUCAAUCCUUGCGUAUUGUGGAGAUAGUGAUGACAUAAUGCCAAUAAUAGUAUUUGCCGCUACGCAUAGUGACCAUUUUAAAGAGAGAGAACUGAAACAAAAAGCAAAAGAGUAUACAGAAGAACUGACGAAAAUUUUCAGCGCACAUAAACAUAUCAAACAUAUUGUUUGUGGUAGAGUAUUUUUCAUAAAUGCUACCAAUAAAAACGAUCCUGAAAUCGAAAAUCUUACAGAUCAUCUGGUUGAAAUUGCCUUUCAGCAGCCAUCAUGGGGAGAAAGGAAGCCCAUAGCUUGGGUUCCAUUGGAAAUGGUUAUUUCCGAAAUGAAGUCGCGCGAUGUCAAACUGAUAACCAAAGCAGAGAUGAAAUCUCUGAACGAAUCCCACAAUGAUUUCAUCCUGAAUGAUAUUCAGUUUGAACAUUUCCUGAACAUUCAACACUCCCUUGGUAAACUUCUCUAUUUUGCCUUUCCUGGAAUCAAUGACUUCAUUGUUCUGCAACCGCCAGCUAUGGUAAAUAUUCUUCGGUCAUUUGUCACGGAUGAAUGUUUCUGGCCAAAGAAAAAGAAUCUAGCAAAGAUCCACAAAGAUCUUCAUGACAGUGGCUCCAUUACCAAAAGUGAUCUUUUUCAACUAUGGAAUCAGAUGCCUUUUAAUGAGAUAAUGCCUGACGAUGACUUUAAGGAAUACAUUCUACAGGUUCUUAUUCAUCUUGAUAUUCUGAUUGAACCCAAACGUCACAAAGAGGGAAAAUCCAUGUCAAAUAGUUACCUUGUGCCUUGUAUUGUCAAAGCUUUAGCUCCAUCCAACUUUAUAGAUAAGGAGGUUAUUGGAGACAGAACAUUAUGUUUAGCAUAUGAAAUGACUGAUCUGUCUGAUCCGUCUGCUUUAUCAUUCAAGUUAAUUGCUUCAGCUUUGGUCAUGUGGCCACUAAAAGAAGAAGAUGGUCGUCCUUGUCUAUAUUAUCAGUCAGCGUUGAUGAAUGUUGAUGAACGAAAUGAACUCCGUAUACUGAUUGAAGGACAGCGUGUAAUGGUGUACCUCACAAAUGCAGAAUCAAUACAUUUGAUAUCACCAGAUGUGGCGGCUAGCAUUCAAGAGUGUCUAACAUUAGCAUUGACCAACAUUCUCAAGUUUUACCUUCAGAGUUCCGGAAAGUUCACAGUCAACCUAGAUGUGUCCUGUUAUUUCAAAACAAAAGUUGGAUUGAUUUGUCAUGAAGAGGUUUGCUUAGUUUCGUUGUCGGCAGUUCAACGACACAAAAAAUGGACAUGCAAGCACGAAGUAAAGCAUCAUAGGAAAUAUCCAAUGUACUGGAUAUUUGACAGGAAAAAAGAACGUUGUCCUCUCAGUUGCAGAGGUCUUGAGAGAGAUGCCCUUAAAUUAUCUCCAAAUGACCAACAUUUAGUUCGAUUAGCGAAGCAAAUAGAAGUUAGCGUGUUUGGUCAAUUUCUUAUUUACCUUGGACUGACAACUGCAGAAUGGGAAGGAAUUAUAUAUCAAUAUGACAGAAAUGGAGAACUCGGCAAGAAGCUCAUGGCCUUAUAUGAGUGGAAAAAGAAGAGAGAAUCGAAUCUGCAACUAGUUAGAUUGAAGGAUGUAUCUAAAGCUUUAAAAAAAGUUGACAGGCAACAUUAUCUUUGCCAGAUUCUGAGAGAAGAUACCUGUCUUAUGGACAUUGCAGACAGUCGGUUACAAGAGGUGCCUGCUGAUGAAGUUCUAAACAGACUGCCGAAACACAUAGGAAACUGUGUCAUACAGCUUGGUAUUGAAUUAGGACUCAGUUUCAAUAGUAUCGAGGAAACCAUGCAUAACCACUUUAAGGACAUGUAUAGUCAGAUAUAUGACAUUUUGAGGAAAUGGAAGCAAUCCAGCAAAAUAAAACCAACCAUAUAUAAAUUGAUGCUUGCUCUCCAAUGUACAGAUUCUGGCGGACUUACAUUUUUAAGAGACGAAUAUUUGCAUCCUUAA